GAAAAUAAGACAGCUAUCUGUGAUCAGAGAUGGCGGGCGCCUCCGACCCCCUGGAAGAUAUGCUCUUUUCAGAGGUGGAUGAAAAAGCUGUGAGCGACCUAGUGGGCUCGUUGGAGUCACAGCUUGCUGACCAAAGCAACCCCGCAGGUAAAACAGACGAAAACGGAGGCGCUGGCUCAGUGGCCCCCGCUAACCAUCACUUAGGAAAAACGCUGCCAGCUCCAGUGGGCACCACAACACUAGAACAACAACAACAAGGACGGCGUUAUAAACCUGAAAUGCGCCAGGAGAUAAAGUCUAAAGACGUUAGCCUGGAUAAAAGUGUCACAUCUCCUUCUCUGGGCUGUACCCCUUCUUUUGGCGAGCCUCCCACCACUUCGGCUGCUUGUGUGAACGCCACCAGCAGCGGUUCGCAAUCACAUGGAGCAUCCAUCACAACACUGACUGCAUCUGGUGUGUCAACUUUGGCUCCAACGCCAGCCAGCAUCAGCACCACAUCCAGCCGGGGGUGUAAGGUUAGCCCCGGGACAGGUGAGACGUCGACAGAAGCUAACCCACCGAGAAAACGCAUAACCACGCCAAGGAGGAGCGCUUCGGCUCGGAUAAAGAGUUUGAACGGCGCAGCUGUAACGACUAGAAGGAACAGCAACACAGCGGUGGCUGACAACGUUAACGUUAGUUCUGUAGAUACUACUGCAACUGACGUUACACCAAACUCUACUUCCCCAGGCACAUCUUCUAUUAACACUUCGACUUUCACCCUAUCAAACGCUAACCUCCCCGUAGGGCAGUCGGCUAUUGCUCUGGACCGGGGGACUCCUACCAUUGCUUUACAUAGACUUCCGAGUCAUAUUGUAGCGAGUAUAGCCCAAAACGGAAACGGGACCAAUGUUUCGGCCUUGGUCCAGCAGGUGGCUCGCAUCGGACCCAUCACCUCCUCAACUUCACAGGGGGACCACAGCAAAACGGUCACAGAAACUGGGGCUUCCAAAACAGACGAUUGUCAGUCCAAAAUUGUAAUGUCAAGCCAGUCUGGUAAUGUUAACUCUGUAAUAAGCACUGUUCCCUCUUCGCCUUCUGUUGUCACACCAACAACAACUACAGCAUCAGCUACAACAACCACAACAGUAACCCAGCCUUUGAGCACUACUACAGCUGCUGUUAGUGUUACAGGGGUGACAGCGAGUUCUGUAUGUGGAACUGGUCAAACUACAUCAGUGACUACCACUAUUAGCAUGGUCAGGCCCACAGCCCCCUCCCCAACACCUGCUGUGACCACCUCCGCACAGUCUCAGCCCCGUCCUGGACUUACAGCGCCUCAAAGGAUCGUAGCCCCCCAGCUGAUUGUCAGACCACCUCAGCAGCAGACGACCAUACAGCUGCCCCCUGGGUUUACCAUCCCACCGGGGAUGGUGUUGGUACGCACGGAGUUGGGCCAGCUAGUGAUGGUUCCCCAGCAGGCUUUGGCUCAGGCUCAGGCUCAAGCUCAGGCUCAGGCUCAGGCUCAGAACCAGAACAACAUCUCUCCACGACCAGCCACCCCCACAACAGGAGCAUCUUUCAGAGUAACAACUCCGCAGUCUCCUGUGACCUCUCAGACCACCAGGCAGUGUGCUUUGACCCCGGCCAAGAUGGUACCGUCUCCCUCUCCUACUCCUUCCAGCCCUGCCCUCCAGACUUCCUCUUCUGCUUCCUCCUCCUCCUCCUCUUCCUCCUGUCCUGCACUCCGCCCAAAGGGCCCCGUGGCACCGGCCGUGGCUGUGACGGCUCCGCAGCAGACCCCUGUGGUUAUGGCCCCCCAGGCCCCGGCCCAGGCUGCCUCCCAGCCAGCGCAGCCUCCGCAGACGGGCAUCACCGCGAACCCCGGAGGUCCUGUCGUGUCCCAGGAAAUGCAAGAGAAUGUCAAGAAGUGUAAGAAUUUCCUGGCCACACUUAUCAAGCUGGCGUCUCACAACUCUCCGUCACCUGAGACUUCCAAGAACGUCAAAUCUCUGGUUCAGGACCUGCUGGAUGCAAAGAUUGAACCGGAGGAGUUCACCAGCCGGCUGCAGACUGAGCUCAAAUCGUCUCCACAGCCUUACCUGGUGCCUUUUCUCAAGAAGAGCCUCCCGGCCCUGAGGCUAUCUUUGCUGAAUAGUCAGCAAUCCCCAACCCCGCUCCCGCAGCAGGGAGUCAAACCAGCACCCGGCGGCCCCCCUCCUGCCAUUGUGGCUGGGCCAGCUGUCCGCAUACGCCACCCUAACAGUGUCAGCAUCACUACGGGUGCUAGUGCUCUGCCCGCUGGGACGCUCGGACAUGCAGCUGGCAUGGGUAUCAAGACAGCAGGCGCUGUCAGUGGCCAGGUCCGGAUGCCCGUGGUGAUCACACAGUCUGUCAGAGCGCAAGGCACAAUGGGGAAAGGAGGCAUCAUCCAAGCAGGCAAAUGUCCCGUGGGCUUUUCUGUUCACUACUCUGGGAAUCAGAAAAACAAGCUCAACGACCCCGGAGGAGGUUCUUUCAGGGAUGAUGAUGACAUCAAUGACGUAGCCUCCAUGGCCGGGGUGAACCUUAAUGAGGAGAGCGCAAGAAUACUCGCCACCAACUCUGAACUAGUGGGAACGCACAUCCGCUCAUGUAAAGACGAGGCCUUUCUCCAUCCGGGACUUCUCCAUCGACGAAUUCUGGAAACAGCUAAGAAGUUUGGCGUUACAGAGGUCCCUAUGGAGGCGGUUACGUUCAUCUCACAUGCCACCCAGUCACGACUUCGAACUGUUGUAGAAAAGGUUUCUACCAUUGCACAGCACCGACUGGACUCUUGUAAGGAUGACGAGUGCUACGAGCAGUCGGCAGACGUUCGCUCUCAGCUUCGAUUUUUUGAGCAGCUGGAGAGAAUGGAGAAGCAGAGGAAGGACGAGCAAGAGAGAGAGAUCCUGUUGAAAGCCGCUAAAAGUCGCUCCAGGCAAGAGGACCCAGAGCAAGCUCGACUGAAACAGAAAGCUAAGGAGAUGCAACAACAGGAACUGGCACAGAUGAGGCAGCGAGAUGCCAACCUUACAGCACUAGCCGCCAUCGGACCCCGCAAAAAACGUAAAAUGGAUUCACCAGGGAACACCCCAUCAGGGACAGAGGUUUCAGGCAGUACGGCGGGCUCCCCGGCCAGCUCCUCCACCCCGUCCACCUCAUCACGCCAGUACACACGGCAACGCAUCACUCGCGUCAACCUCAGGGACUUAAUUUUCUACAUGGAGCAGGAGAGAGAGACCGCCCACUCCCUCCUCCUUUACCGCGCCCUGCUCAAGUAGCCUCCGCUCCGCUCAGCACCCACCUCAACCUCUUCCUCCUUUUCCAGCCACGUGCCUUCAGAUCAGGUCUACUGUUUCAGCUGUGUCCACAUAUGUACUGUAAUGACGUUUGAUGUAGCUUUUAAUAAGAAGAGAGAGAGAGAGAGAGAGACCGAGAGAGAGAAAGAGAUAGAGAAAAACAUACAAAAAAUAAAACUGUUGUUACAUGUCUUCUCAGUAGGUGUGUAGUUAGAUCAUUGACUUUAAAGGCCAUAUAAAAAUUCAAAAAGUUGAAGUUGAAUUUGUUAAAGGAACAAAGUUGUUGUUGCGUUGCAGGACUCAACCCAGAACUCCGUAUUUAUUUGACAUUGUUGGCAGUAGUUUUAAAGAACCAACUUUAAAGCAAGGAUUAUUUUGGCAAAGAGAAUUAUGCUCACACCACCAUACAACCUACGAUAUUCUCCACGAGCUAUUUGUUGAACAUCGUUCAAUGAAUGUAGUUUAGCUCAAUAAAUGAGAGACUUUACUGAUUUCUAUACCGAGACAUUGUUUUGCAACAUUAGGAUUCCAAAUAACAGCAUCACGUUACGUUUCAAUACUGUAUGUGUAAAAAGUUCUUAUUGAAUUAUUUAACAGCAUGUAUAUUUUUUUUUUAUCCCAGGUAAGCUUUGUAAGAAAAGGAAUAACCCAUGUGUCAAUAUUAUGAGACCUGAAGUUUUGUACAACCAUGUGCUUUGAAUGAGUCAGAAUUGAACAGUUUAUUCUGAGUCCACAUGACCUUUUUUUACAAAGGUAAUUAAACAAAGUUAUGGUCGCACUAUGACACAAGUUUCUGAUUGGUCACCCUUUAGUAUUUAAAAAAAAAAAAAUCAUCCACACAUAAUGUGAACAUUGUUAUUAUGACUAGAUGUUUGUACGUUGUGUACUAUCAUGCUCACAGUUCUGCUUAACUGCUUAAGGACUGGGGGACUGUGAAACCUAGGAUCAAAACAGACAUUCCUUUAUCUUUUCCUCUCACUGUCCUAUCUGCUCAUUAAUAAUGUUUAAAAAAAAAAUUGAAAAUAAAAAAAAUUCUCAGUUUUGCUGGUGUGCCCUGGAGCCCCUUUUAGCCCCCACAUACUUUGGUAAUGACUGAAUGACAAAAGCACUUAUACCUGUUUUGUAUUUUGAGCCCAAAUUAAAUUUACAGCUGUAAAGUAUUGUUUAACUGUAGAAGGAAGCAGCUGAUUCUAGCCUAAAAUUGAUCCCCCCCACCCCCCACCCAUUUUGUUUUUGUCCUUGUAAUAUUAAAUUGAAGAGAUUGGGAAUGGAACAAAAAACGCCUGCUUUUUACAUGCUGUAUUGCAUUAUCGCAUUCUUAUUAUUUUAUUUUUUUAAAUCCUCAUUAUGUAAUAUUGUCCAUUAUGUGUUUGUUUUUUUCUUCUAUUUAACUAAAUAUCUUGGCCUCUAUGCAGCUUUUCUUGUCUUAUUGAAAUUUAUUUAAAUAUUGGUGGCAUUUGGAACAACUGUUGUGCGUUGUACAUUUUGACAGCACUUUUUUACAUCUAUUUUAACUGACAACUGAAAGCUGUCACUGUAUUAUAGCAAAUAAAGGACUCUUUUAAGUAGGAAACCGUAUUGCCAACAAAAGAGUUAUUUUUAACAAUUAAUAUAUUUUCUUCUUUUUUUUUGGAAUUGGCUUUUAUGCUUGACACAUUUUCAUAUAUGUUAUCUCCAAAAUAACAUGUUUUCAAACAAGCACAACAAUAUCUAUACAAAUUAUUUUUUUUUAGUGAUUUUUAUGGUUUCUGUUGGUUUCACAGGAGUACAUUUCUACUACUACUACUACUACUACUACUACUACUACUACUACAGCUUUUUAGCCAAAAUAUUAGGACAAUGUUACUGAUGUAAACAGACGGGGGAAAUAACAUUUCAAUGUACGGAUGAUUUGUAAAUAUUGUUUACAAAACUAGUGUGUUUAUUAGAACCACGUUAUUUUUGGUAAACUUGUACAUAUCUUGACAAUUUCCUGUUUGUGUGAAAAAAAACAAUACUUAUGUAUUUGUACCUAUUUUGUAAAGGAAUAAAUAAGCUGUUUACUAAAC